AUGGCGGAAAGCCAAAGUUCAAGAGCGAUUGACGAUGAGCUUUUCGAUGCUGUUGUGGAAAAUAACGUAGUAAAGGCCUCCGAAGCGAUAGCGAAGAGCGCUGACGUCAAUGUUAUAACAAGAAAUGAAUUUGGGGGAUGGUAUGGUACUGGAUUGCAUGGUUUUCCAUCUGCUCUUCAAGUAGCGUGUGGUGUGGGAUCAAUCCAGCUGUUUGAUUUACUUAUAAGAAAAGAAGCCAAUGUGAAGUAUCAAGAGGAGAGGUAUGGAUAUACAGCUCUACACUAUGCAAGUGAUGGUGGUCAUGUGUCUAUUAUGAAGAGAUUAAUAUCUUGUGGUUGCAACAAACAAGUAAAAGCCAAGAUUGGAUGUACAGCUUUACACGUUGCUGGUAAUGUUGAUGUUGUUGAUUAUCUGUUGAUCAUUGGCCUCAACAUUGAAGAUCGUGAUAAGGAUGGCUACACACCAUUUCUCUGUGCAUGUCGUUAUGGUCGUUUACCUGUAGUACAACGUCUCAUUGAAUCAAAUGUCUGCUCGUUGAAGGACGUGUCGCUUGAUGCUGUAAAUUGUGAGACCCGCAUGAAACCGAAGAAAGCUGUUGUGAAUGCUGGCCAAUACAUUAACUUAUCUCUGCGGCACAGCUGA